ACUUUACCGUUUUAUUUCGCACAAACAACAAGCAGGCCGGAGCAAGUGCAAGAAAGAGCGGAAGCGCGUGCCGCUAAAGUUUACGGAAAUAAAAUUGAAAACAAAAAAAGUUCAAAGCACAAGCGCCCCCAAGAGUCUUGUUUGUCCUUUUCAUCAACUGCAGCAGCUGACCAACAAUAGCGCGUCGAUUCUUAUUAAACGAUUUACGAUCCAAUUAAACAACAAUUUACACCAAGAGAGGGAGUGAGUGGUGGAGUGGGAAGUAGAGCCAGAGAACAGAGAAGGAAGAGUCACCCAAAAAUAAGCGUCGAAAAUGUGGCCCAACUUUGUUGCUGUCAUUUCCAUGCUGUGCCUUGCACUCGUCGCCAUCGCCAAUGCUGGACCCGUGCCAAUUGUGAAUGAGCACCAACAACUGAUGCCGAAGGUGCCCCAAUGGCAUUGUCUGCGCUACUUCAAGCACGACGUCUUAAUGAUGCGUCGCUGUCGCCAUUUGCGUGUACCAACGGCGCCACGGCUGGGCGAUGUCCUCAAGCGAAAGAAGAAGUAAUCGGCAUCGAUUCAACAAACGACAAUCAUCGUCAAUACUCCUUAAACGACUGAGCAAUUGCUAAAAAUAUAGCCACAAAAUGGAGAUUUUUAUACCCAGACCAAAGCUAAACCAUACUAAAACAUAUACGAGAAACUAAUUAUUAACUAACGAUAAGUCUAACCCAUUGUACUUCAUAGAUGCGUAAGGUUUCAAUAAAAAAAAAAACAAUAACUAAGAGACAAUAACUGUUUGU